GGACCAUUCCCGCGUGUGAGUCGUCGCUCUUGCUUUUUGGACGGGCUGCCCGUCAUUUGCGCUUUCCACAUGCGGCACGAGCACCAUCGUAUUUACCUUCCUACUCCCCCAUCUUUCCAACGUCUGUUGCUGCUCGUUCGAAUGCUCGUUCCAUUGCGUCGUCGACUUCGACGUUUCAGCUAGCCGCUUUAUCGGCCUGCACGAAAUGUGCUGUAGCCUGCCCACUAUCUGCCAAUCAGUCGCAGCCCUGCAACGCACAAUCCUCGUUGCUAAACCCUAACUGUCUGCCCGACCGAGAUCAUCGUCGCCGUUGCUGCAUCGAGUCAUGGCGCCUGGUACAGACUUAACAGCGCAAUCCCCGCCAGCUGCGGCGCGCAUACCAAAGCUCAAGUACAGGAACCCACUGCCAGCAGACCAAAUCUCGCUCUCUUUGCAGAAUUCUCAAGAGGUGACACAACCGUCACUGCAGAGACAGACUUCGGCAACAAGUUCAGACGUUCCUCCAUCACCCUACCCACCAUCUCUCGAGACCACAGCAAGCACGACGUCCUCCAGCCUGGCUUCCACACCGUCCAGCAACUCGAGUUCCAAUGACUCCAAAACAUCGAAGAAGAAGAAAAAGAGCAACUCUGUCUUUGGCUUCUUGUCACUAAAGGAGCCUUCCCAAGUUGCCCUCGAGCAAUUCGCUGAACAGCAACGCAAGCAAGGCAAUGGGAAGGGUACAACGUCACCUUCUAAUUCAUCCAUCAAGACCAGCGGCACAUUUGCGAGUAAAAAGCUGCCAGACAAGGUCCCCAAAGUCAAUUCCAAAUGGGAUGGCAUCCCAGAUGCGGUCAAGAAACGGCAGUCCACGGCAACUGCGACCACCAGGACAAGCAAGGACACCAAACGAUCGUCAGGGUCCUCAUUCGGACAAGGCUCACAGCUCUCCGCGUUACCCUGGAACACCUCAGAGUUUUCGGUCAUGUCGAACGAGUCUCGAGGUCCACCCAACUCGAUCAUGUCUGUACCUUCUGGGAUCAAUGCCGACAUUUAUCACAACGGACACUACAUUCCUUCCUCACCGUCUGAAAGCUCACUGCGCGAGCCAUCAUAUUAUUUCCCAGAGGAGCCAAUGGCAUCUGGUGCCUUGCCAGUAGAGCACCCAACAACUUCUAACGAGGCUGAGGCUGGCCCUCUGUCCAAGGGUCCAUACCCCACAACUGAUCUCGAAACCAUACCGGACGAACCCGAGGGCUUGAGAUCAGCUUCACCAGCAUCAUCGACCGACUCAGUCGACACCAUUGUCCGGGCUGAGGCUGACGCAAUCUUCAAGAAGAUGAAUGAUCGGCCUCAGCAGCAAAGCUUCUGGGGCAGAAGUGCACCAGCGGUUCGGACACUUACUGAAUACGAAUCGAGCGUGCCCGAGUCCCAUGAAUUUCUGUUCGAAACAUCAUCCAGCGCCCCAUCGCAGAAGAACGACUCCCCGAUGGCGUUUCCACCUACUCCCUAUAUUGCGCCUGCCGUUCGCUGCACAGAACCACCAGCGCACUACGUCCCAUCGACCGCGCACGACGAUUCACUACCUGUCCCUCACUACUCCCCCUCACGGCCUGUGCAAAACUUCAGUCGACCUAUGGCACUUACCACGCCUACUAAACCUACCAACUCCUUCCAGCCUGCACAUCCGCCCCCUGUUGCACCUUCAUCCUUACGGUCGAGAGCCAUAAGCUCUGGCCUUCCGACUCUAUACGAGAACUCUAUCGCCAGUACCGAGUCUUUGGAGACGAUUCGGGACGACAGUGACGUGCGAUCGAUUGCACCAUCUUUCACGCCGUCUUCGAUAGCGCCAUCUGAACUAUCGGAGCACUGGCACCAAUCUUCCCGCGACCGUCUUGGCCUUGGUGGGCAGCUUCGCAAAAGCGAUGUGCUGCCAUGGAAGACAGCGGAGGGUAGUCUAGGUAAGCCCAAGAGCAGACACCGUUUAUCUUUGUUGAUGAAGGGCGCGUUACGGUCAUAAGGUUCCCCUGGCGGUUGAACUGUGACUAACCCUAUGUGCAUAACAGCUUGCGACAGCCAGCAACCAUCAUAGUCCGCCAUCUUUGUAUUUUGUUCAGCGUUCAGCGUCAGCAUCUUUGUCUCGAGCGACGGUCGCCACCGUUUACGUAUAGAUACCCAGUCACAUGUUCAACAUAUCGGAAUCACUCGUUUCAUCACAUCUCCGGUUCUCGAAAAUCGCAAGUCUUUUCAAUGCAGCAUCUCGUCGUCAUCGAAUUUACCGCAAGCGACACAUCAUGAGCAAAGCUUGUCAGCGAUGUUCGAAUCAGCCUUUCCACACCGCCAGCAUGACAACGUAGAGGGGAAGGAGCAACGAGGUCAGUCAAUCGCCGUCUACAUGUACGUUAGACUUGCUGGCGGCGCAACAAUUACGCGCCGUCCACCAACAGUAACGUACCAAAAUCCAC